UGUUUAUUCGCCAGUUCGUUCGAAAAACGCACGUCUGUCCCUGACAUACUCCGACCGUUAGUAAACAACAGAGCGGACUUGCACCGUGCAUACAGCCGUGGACAUGGGAUCACCCAGCCGAUCACGCCGUUCCAGCAGCUCUAACGUUAGCCCAAGGGAGGGGGAAAGUAAGUCCCGACUGUCCUCUCCAAGGCAACCCACGGGACGGCGGGGCUCUCUGAAAAAGACUCCUUCAAAGGCGAGUGCGAGAUCGAAAUCAGCGGAGAGUAGCGGUGGAUCUCCGAGAUCGCCACAAAAAGCUAAAAGCAAAGAAGGACGCCCGACGUCUGCAAUGGCCAAGUCGCGAAGCGCCGAGAAAGAGCAGAAAGCCUCCUCAUCUGGGAGCGGUACGAAAGAACAAAAUGGCGAGCGCAAAACUAAGGACUCCACGAAACAGGUGGCGACCAGAAGUGCCCCGAAGGAAAAGACGGACGGCACGCCACGCGACAGGCGCCGGCAGAGCAAGUUCCCGCGUACCUCCGCGGGCAAGAUCACCAAGGCGCGCCGCCGGUCCUCCGUCUCUCCUUCCGGUGCCAAGAUCGAAGAAAUACUCGUCAGUCCCUCUUCAAGGUCGAGAAAGAAGGCGCCUCCGAAGAAGAAGUCUCCUAAUCUACGGAAACGUCUUAGCGUGAUCACGGAAGAAAGCCGCGAGAGCAUCUCAUCAAGAAGGAGAAGUGCUACCGCUAGCUCUAACAGUACACCGAGCGAAGGCAUCUCAACUAGAAGCAGAAGUGCGUCCACUAGCACUAGCAGUGCGACGGAAGAGAUCGACUGUCUUGAGGCCCAAGACGUUUCCUUACGUGGUUCCUUGAGAGAGAACGGAUUCGUCUUGAAGCAGCUGCUGAAGAAAAGCGACGCCAUCGCGCCAGAGCGCGGUGGUAACGUGUACCUCGCCCACUCUGUGAAACUUCUUCCUUCGCGCGACGUCGCCUUGAAGAUUCUUCGCCGCGACUUUGCCCCGCGCACAAGACGACAGUUUUUCCUACCUCAGGAGUACUACAUCUGUAGGGACCUCUCUAAGAAGGCCGCGCACCCCAACAUCGUGGAGUUCCAUCCUCCACUGCUUCUGUUCGGAAGCCGGGUGUGCUUUCCGAUGGAGCACUACGCAGGUGGCGACUUGUUGGAGCUGCUUUACCGCGAAAAGAAAAUUCCUGAAGCCGAGCUGCGCGGGUACUUUUCCCAGGCGCUGGACGCAGUGCAGUACCUCCACUCGAAAGACAUCGCGCACUUGAACCUGAAAUGUGAACACUUUCUCCUGGACGGCGCUGCAAACGUGCGACUUUGUGGGUUCGGCUGCGCCACGAGAUUCGACCCGGAGAAACUCGAAGAGGACAUCUACUGCCAAACGGUUGGGUACACCCCUCCCGAAGUGGUCAACAGAUUUCCUUACGACCCUAUGAAAGCGGACGUGUUCGCGCUGGGAGCGACGCUGUACAUCCUCUGUAUGGGGAGGUUUCCCAACCCGAAACUGCUGCAUCUCAUGGGGAAAGGAGCUCCCAACUUCCCAAGACAUUCCGAGGUUUCGGAUCAUCUCAAGGAGCUGAUUCGCGCCAUGAUGGAGGCGGACUGGUCCAGGCGGAUUGAUCUGCAAGAGGUGAAGCGGAUGGCAUGGAUGAAGAGAAAGUAGUUCCCUGUCGGGCUAUGUUUGUCUUUCAAAACUUUAUUGUUGGAAUCAAACUUUCUUGCAUUGGUGCUACGGUGCUCGUGCUUUGUGAUUAUUCAAAACACAAACAGCAUUAAAAAACGACAUAACACGACACAUCAUUGUACAAUAUUAUUAAAAUCUGUCACCAUCAACAGUAUCAACAUAAACAUAGUUUUUUGGCAUCGCAAGAAGACGUGAAAGAACAAAAAUGAAGACUCUAUUUUUAGUAUACCAUGUUUAGCAUAAUGUGUUUAACUUUUAACUUUCCUUACCACAUAGAUUUCAAAGUAAGGGCUUUUGACAUUUUUGUGCCUUUACAAUGUUACGUUAUAUCAUUUUGUAAAAUGGAACUUUUACUCGUACAUUAUUUCUUGAGAACUUUUCAAACAUAUACACACAAAAUCAACAAUGUACAUAGAAAAGAAUAGACAGGAAUGUGAAAAACAAUUAUGAUAUCCAAAUCAUAUUCAUUAAAAAAGAUAUAUUUGGGGCUAAUAGUUCAUCCAUAACAAAUAAUGUGUAAAAUAUAUUCAAAUACAUCAAAGUAUGUAAAGAUACAAUCACCAUUCAUAUAAACUACAUUCAAAUACCAAAAAAUACAGAAGAAUAGUACUAAACACACUGGAGGACAUGACCACAACCUCUUGAGGAAAAUCAUGCCCUAACUACACCAUUUCCACCCUGUACUAAGUUUUUGGCUCCUUGCUUUGUAUUGAUUCUUGAAGAACGACCCUGAUCGCUUCUAAUGUCUUGGAAGACGCCUUCUGUGAUUGGUGGUCACUCUUGGACGGUUCCACGCAUUUCUGGAGUGCUUCCUUCAGCCGUUCUGCAAUGGUCACAGGAGGAGAGCGCAGCAACCCGCCGAACAGAGGACUGUUGGAC